GAUAUAAGGUUGAGUGGGUUUUACCUGACGCUGAUUCCCAGCCAUUUGGCUCCUCAGAAUUUAGUGUGGCUUAUGGGGGUCCUCGAGUAGUUCCCGAUCGGCGGGCAGCAGCGGCCCAGCAAGAGUCUUCGCUCCCGGGUGGCCCACGCCCAGCUCUGUGUCUGUCGCUAAGAUGAGCACCCGCCCUUCUUUUGACCCUGAACGUCGAGUCCGGAGCACGUUGAAGAAGGUCUUUGGGUUUGACUCUUUUAAGACACCUUUACAGGAGAGUGCGACCAUGGCCAUAGUGAAAGGUGACAAGGAUGUCUUUGUGUGCAUGCCCACAGGGGCAGGAAAAUCCCUUUGCUAUCAGCUCCCUGCUCUGUUGGCCAAAGGCAUCACCAUCGUAAUCUCUCCACUCAUUGCUCUGAUUCAGGACCAGGUGGACCACUUGCUGGCCCUGAAGGUACGAGUGAAUUCCCUGAACUCCAAGCUCUCGGCACAGGAGAAAAAGGAGCUGCUCUCUGAUCUAGAACAAGAAAAGCCACAGACCAAACUUCUGUACAUCACGCCGGAGAUGGCGGCUUCAGCCUCCUUCCAGCCCACCCUGAACUCACUGGUGUCCCGCCACCUGCUCUCCUACCUGGUGGUGGACGAAGCUCAUUGUGUUUCUCAGUGGGGGCACGACUUCCGUCCUGACUACUUGCGCCUGGGUACCCUCCGUUCACGCCUGGCACAUGCCCCAUGCGUGGCUCUGACUGCCACAGCCACCCUGCAAGUCCAAGAGGAUGUGUUUGCUGCCCUGCACCUGAAGCAGCCAGUUGCCAUCUUCAAGACUCCCUGCUUUCGGGCCAACCUCUUCUAUGAUGUGCAGUUCAAAGAACUGCUUUCAGAUCCCUAUGGGAACCUGAGGGACUUCUGCCUUAAGGCUCUUGGACAGAAGGCUGAUAAAGGGUUGGUCUCUGGCUGCGGCAUUGUCUACUGCAGGACCCGAGAGGCUUGCGAACAGCUGGCGACAGAGCUCAGUUACAGGGGUUUGAGUGCCAAGGCUUACCAUGCAGGGCUGAAGGCUUCCGAAAGAACGCUGGUGCAGAAUGAGUGGAUGGAGGAGAAGGUCCCUGUCAUUGUUGCAACCAUUAGUUUUGGGAUGGGAGUGGACAAAGCCAAUGUCAGGUUUGUUGCCCACUGGAAUAUUGCCAAGUCUAUGGCUGGGUACUACCAAGAGUCUGGCCGGGCAGGCAGGGACGGGAAGCCUUCCUGGUGCCGUCUCUAUUACUCCAGGAAUGACCGGGACCAAGUCAGUUUCCUGAUCAGGAAGGAAGUAGCAAAACUCCAGGAAAAGAGAGGGAACAAAGCAUCUGAUAAAGCUGCUGUCUUGGCCUUUGAUGCCCUGGUGACCUUCUGUGAAGAAUUGGGGUGCCGCCAUGCUGCCAUUGCCAAGUACUUUGGGGAUGCGCCCCCUGCCUGCACCGAGGGCUGUGACCACUGCCGGGACCCUGUGGCCCUGCGGAAGCAGCUGGAGGCCUUGGAGCACAGAAGCAGCUGGAACAAGACUUGCAUCGGGCCUUCCCAGGGGAAUGGCUUUGACCCUGAGCUGUAUGAGGGAGGCCGCCGGGGCUAUGGGGGCUUCAGCAGGUAUGACGAAGGUUCUGGAGGCAGUGGGGACGAGGGCAGAGACGAGGCCCACAAGCGGGAGUGGAAUCUCUUCUACCAGAAACAGAUGAGCCUACGCAAGGGCAAAGACCCCAAGAUAGAAGAAUUUGUGCCCCCAGAUGAGGACUGUCCCCUGAAAGAGGCUUCUAGCAGGAAGAUCCCCAGACUCACUGUGAAGGCCCGUGAGCACUGCCUGGGGCUUCUGGAGGAGGCUCUGAGCAGUAACCGCCAGGCCACAGGUACCACCCAUGGACCUGAUCUCCAGGCCAAGGCUGUGGAGCUGGAACAUGAGAUGUUCCGAAAUGCCAAGGCAGCCAACCUGUACAAGGCCAGUGUGCUGAAGAAGGUGGCUGAGAUCCACAGAGCCUCUAAGGAUGGGCAGCUCUACGAUGUGGGGAGCGAUACCAGGAGUUGCAGUGCACAGGCCCAGCCCCCAGAGCCCACCGAGUAUGACAUCCGGCCGGCCUCCCAGGUGUACUCGCUCAAACCCAAGCGGGUAGGAGCUGGUUUCCCCAGAGGCUCCUGCUCAUUCCAGACGGCCACUGAGCUGAUGGAGAAGACGUGGGCUGAGGAGCAAGCCCCCCAGCCAGUGUGGGGAGGUGAGCAGGAGCCCCCCAGCCAGCCCCACAGCCUCCAGGGGGAGGACUGCAAUGAGCCCCUCCUUGGGCCCAGAGGAGAGGCCCUUGGAAGCAGUGCUCAUUGUGGGGGGUCCUCCCCUGAGAAGAAGGUGAAAAGCCCCUCCAAGGGCGGUGCCAAGGCCCGGGCCAGCAAGAAGCAGCAGCUCCUAGCCGCAGCGGCCCUCAAGGAUUCACAGAACAUCGCCCGCUUCUGCCAAAGGGCCAGGAGCCCAUCUCCCCUCACCUUAGCCCCAGGGGCAGAAGGUGCUGGCCCUUCCUGUGAGGGAGUGCAGGGACCCCCAGCAGCCCCAGAGAAGUGCGCAAGGGAGGAUGGAGCCCUGGGGUGUUUGGCUGCGCCCCCCCAGACCAAGGAGUGCACCAGGGAGAGGCCAAGAGCCUGCACACUCAGAGACCAGGGGCCCCCUGAAGGCCAGCCCACCCCCACAAAGGAGACACACAGGGGCAAGCGGUCCAGACCCCAGCAGGAGAACCCAGAGAACCGGGCUCAGAAGAGGCCUCGCCCCUCAGCCAAUGCCUCCAUCAUAGCUGAGGCCAAGGACAGCAUCGCGGCCAGCAAUCAGGGCACCUUGAACCCCACAGCCCAAGAUUCCUGCCUUCUCCCAGCCCCUGGCAUCUCCCUCAAGGAGGCUGCAAAUGUUGUGGUCAAAUGCCUGACCCCUUUCUAUAAGGAGGGCAAGUUUGCAUCCAAGGAAUUAUUUAAAGCCUUUGCCCGCCACCUCUCACACUCACUGGCUCAGAAGGCUUCUCCUGGAAGGAGCGUGAAGGAAGAGGCCCAGAAUUUCAUCAAGCAGUUUUUUCAUGGUCGGGCCCGCUGCGAGAGUGAAGCUGACUGGCACGGCCUGUGUGAGCCACAAAGAUGACCAGCUCCUGCCUGCUAGGGCCGGAGUGCUCCCCCAGCCUCAGCUGCGGGCCCGGGCCCUGCUCAGGAACGGGGAAGGUGGGGAGCCUGCGGCCAUCAGGGCCAUCCUCUUUGCUCAGGGGCCAUACCUUCCAACCAUACGUUGCUUUGGAGAUGGCCCCAGUCGCCUCCCAAAUCAAGGCCAAGGGCCAGAGGCCAGCCACUUUCUGCUUGCAGGGUCUCAGGUCUUCUUCCGCCUAGCCUCCCCACCUCUCUUGGUUGGGUUUUCCGAACCAGAUUCCCAGAUUAGAAGCUUGGGGCGGGGGGUGUGGCUGCUGCCAGGGGAACAGGAGGAAAGAAUUGUAGGCCAGGGCAAGGCCACCUGUCCGAGGCAUUGGACCGCCUCAGGAAGAGCCCUGCUGGCCUCGGGUUCUCGGCCCACCACCCCUUUCCCUUGCGUUGCCAGCUUCUGGCCUGGCCCCAGGUGCAGCUUGGGAGCCGGGCAGCAACCAGGCCCUGCUCUCUGCUCAGCUCCUGGUCAGGAAGGCUGGGCUGGACGGAGACUUAGCAGAGAAAUAAAGUCCUGUUGGUUUUGACACCGCCCUCCCCCCCCACAAACACA